CCCCUUCAACGCCCCCUCCCUCGAGCUGCUAAUUGAUCCUGAGAGGAGGGCUCACCAAUCACAAUAAUUCUGCUACAGCACCCGAAUCAUCAGCACUAGUAGUGCACAACAGUCUGCUACAGCACCGGAAUCCACACAUAUCUUGGCCGGUCGAAAAGCUAUCCGAUUCUCUCACUUUUUCCCCACUCCUAUCUCGCCGCCGCCGCCGCCGUCGCCGCCGUCGCCGUCGCCGCCGACGCCGAGCAGCGCAGGUUGCGGUUACCUGUCUUUCGUUUCGCCUAGGUGCCGACGUCGUCCCUUCCUCUUCCCCCCUUUGCUUGCCACUCAACACAGCCACCUCGCAGCAGUGCGCUGGAGUCAACCAAGCCUUCUGCUUCUGCUUCUGCAAUGGGGAUGGUGCUCUGGUGUGGUGCCUAGGCCUAUGCAAAGGCAGCGACUUGGUUUCCUCUCUGCUCCCUAUACACAUUAAUAGAUUAUAUUUCUGAAGAACCAUCUGUGCAUCUUCUUUAAUGUGCCGAAAUUGCUUGGUGAUAUCACACACAUACAGGGCUAAAUCUCCAGCAGUUCUGAAUGCGGGACCAAAGUGUGCUGGAGCGUAUACUCAACGGAGACGAGGAGCCCAAGGAUCUGCCAUUAGCACUCUUACAGGACAUCACCAAUGAUUUCUGUGAGGAGAAUAAAAUCGGCCAGGGUGGAUUUGGAGAGGUCUACAAGGGCGUACUCCAGAACGGGGCUCUUGUUGCUGUGAAGAGGAUCCAUAUAAACGUAAACACAGUUGAUGACAAGCUUUUUCGCCGUGAGUUUAAUAGCCUCUGGAAGGCUAAUAAUCAUCAAAAUGUAGUCCGGUUUCUUGGCUUCUGUUCUAAUAUGUAUCAGACGAGAAUAGCGGAGGCUGGGUCCGAUGAUUUUAAAUUGGUCAACGUCAGAGAAAGAUUGCUCUGUUUCGAGUACAUCAGCAAUGGAAGCCUUGAUAAGCAUAUUACUGAUGAACUAAGGGGACUUCAAUGGGAAAAACGCUAUGACAUAAUCACCGGAAUUUGCAAUGGUCUGCGUCAUCUCGAGGAGAAAGAAAUUAUUCAUAUGGACCUUAAACCGGCUAACAUAUUACUAGAUGAUCAUAUGGUUCCAAAAAUUACCGAUUUUGGUUUGUCAAGACCAAAUGAAAAUUCACAUACUAUGGGUCCACGUUUUGGAACACGAGGAUAUGUCGCUCCGGAAUAUGACAACGCUGGCAAAACUUCUGUCAAGUCUGACAUAUAUAGUUUUGGUGCCAUAAUCAUUGAAUUAGUAACAGGGUUUAUGGGCAUCCCUGAUAAAAACAAUGUACUUCGAAGAUGGAGACACAGGUGGAGUAAGUCACCGACGUUGCUACAAUACCAGCAACUAACUAGAUGCAUGGAAAUAGCAGUACGCUGCAGGCAACAAGAACCGGAAGCUAGACCUUCCAUAAUGGAUAUAAUUAACUAUUUGAGUAAAUCUGAAAGUACGGAUGUGCACACUGACCAGCAAAGCACUUAUAUGGAUGAUGACAUGCUUGGUAUUGAACCGCUCGAGCUACAUUUUACAUUGGACGAUAACAAGAACAAAGGCCUGUUUUGCCUACAACAUUGAAAGACCAAGCCAGCAGUACACGACACGGCCAGGGAAAGGCAUUGUGCCACCAGGAUGCAACGAGCAUCUUGUUCAGAUAACAGUGCAGGCGCAGCGACAGGAUAGGGCACCACAAGUUACACAGAAUGGUGACAAGUUCAUCAUCCAGAGCACAAAAGUGAGUAAUCUUAGAGAUGAGGAUAUCACUGAACAUAUAUUCCAUGAAGAGGCCGGUAAAAUGGUUGAUGAGGUGAAUUUGAUGGUCAAAUAUGAGCCUGUUAGUCGACAAGACCCCAGUUUGCCAGCCGAGGCAGUCUCCCUCAUGGACAUCAAUUCCAGCAUCUAUAAAGACGGCGUGCAAGGACAAUGUCACAAAGAACUAGAUCGCCGUGAUUUCCACCUACCAGAAGAAUUUUCACAGAGUCAACCUACGAACAUGACUUACCUACUGAGAGUCAGCGACCGAGCCGUGGAUGUCACAAGGGGGGCCAUGGGCAGCCUACUCCACAAGCUGGGCGAGCUCAUCAAGGAGGACUUCAAUCUGGAGGCAAGCGUCAAAAAAGAUGUCCAGUCACUCUCGGAAGAGCUGGUGACGAUGCAGCUCGUACUCCGCAAGGUGUCAGAGGUGCAGCGGGGCAACCUCGAUGACCUGGUCAAGCGUUGGGCCAGCAAUGUCAGGGAGAUGUCAUAUGACCUAGAGGAUUUCGUUGACGGCUUCUUGGUGCAAAGCCAGCCUGAAUCUAGUACAAGUGGCUUCAGGGAACUCACACACGAGAUAUGCUUCCACUUAGAGAAGGGCAAGAGUCACCAUACAAUAGGCAACUUGAUCAAAGACAAAAGCAAACAAGUCCAAGAUGCGGCCAAAAAGUGUAAAGAGUAUAAGGUCGACAAUGUGGUACCUAAUGCAUCUGCCAAAGCUGCCAUUGAUGAACUUCGGAUUUUGGCUAUGUAUGAAGAUAAAGAACAGCUCGUUGGCAUCAAUAGGCCAAGAGAUGAGCUAAUAAGGCUAUUUGAGGAGGAUGGCGAUGUAUCAAAGGAAAAUCUCAAGAUAGUCUCCAUUGUUGGAUUGGGAGGAUUGGGCAAGACCACACUUGCCAAGGCAGUAUAUGACGAGCUUAAAGCCCAAUACCAUCUUAAAACUUUUGUUUUGGUUGGUCAGAAUCCUGAUGUGAAGAAAGUUUUGGGAAAUAUCCUCCGUAAACUAGUAAGGAAUUUCAAUGUAGAGAACUUGGAGGCGGAGGAUCUCAUUGAAGAACUACAAGAAUUGCUCGAGGAUAAGAGAUACUUCAUAGUAAUUGAUGAUAUAUGGGAUUCUACAGCAUGGGGUCGUAUUGCUUAUGCUUUUCCAAGAAACAGUUGUGGCAGUAGAGUGAUAACAACAACAAGGAUUGAACGUGUUGCUCGUGACUGUUGCAAAGUUGAAUGCAAAAAUGUUUAUAGGAUGAAACCACUCGGUGAAGUAGACUCAAGAACACUAUUUCUUAGAAGAACAUUUGGUUCCGAAAAAGAUUGCCCCGAUACACACAGAAAAGAAGAGAUUUUAGUUGAUAUUCUAAAAAAAUGUGGUGGUAUGCCACUUGCUAUUAAUAGUAUUGCAAGCCUUCUAGCUGGUGAACCAGAGUCAACCUGGGAGUAUGUAUGGAAAUCCUUGGGUGCUCUGACUGAAGGAGAUAAUCUUGAAAACAUGAAGCAAAUAUUGGAUCUUAGCUACAUACAUCUUCCUGAUCAUCUGAAGGCAUGUCUACUUUAUAUUUGUAUGUAUCCAGAGGAUCGCGAGAUAGACAAAACUGAAUUGUUGAGGAAAUGGGUAGCCGAAGGUUUCGUGCACGUGAGUACAAAUGGUCUUCUGGAUGCAGUGGAUGUUGCAGAAAAGUACUUCAAAGAGCUCAUCAACAUGUGUAUGAUCCAGCCUUGGAGGAUAAGCUACAACAAUGAAGUGUUGUCUUGCAGAGUACAUGAUAUAAUUCUUGAUAUGAUGAGAUCCAAGUCAAGUAAAGAGAAUUUUAUUCAUGUGAUUGAUGGUUCUAAGGUUGAGAUGGGGGAGAUCCGCCGAGCCUCAGUCCACUACAAUGAUAAAAAGGAUACAACAAUUUUGGAAACAAUCAACAAAGGGUCACUAUCACAUGUUCGGUCAGUCUUACUUUGCCGGAGCUCACUUUUGCCUUAUUUUCUGGAUUUCAAGUAUGUCAGAGUGCUACACCUUGAACAUAAGUAUUCUUUGAACAACUACCUGGACCUCACUGGUAUCAGUGGGCUGUUCCUUCUAAGGUAUUUAAAGGUUAGUUGUGAUAUUUUUUCUAGAUGUGAGUUGAAGCUACCUAAUAAAAUUGAGGAGCUACAGCAAUUGGAGACAAUAGAUAUACGUGUAGGUAAACUGAGAGAAUAUCCAUCAGAUAUUGUUAGUUUGCCCCAGUUGUCGCAUCUCAGUUCGAUGGGAACAAUGCUGCCUGACGGGAUCGAUAGGUUGAAGUCCUUGUGCACCCUACAAGGUGUAGAUAUGUUUAAAAGCUCGGUAGAGAAUAUCAAGGGGCUCAGCAAGCUGACCAACUUGAGGGAACUUGGGAUCUCUUGGAAUGGGAGUAGUGAAUCGGUGGAAGAGAGCACCAUGGAUGCCCUGGACUCUUCUAUCCGCAAGCUUUCUGCCAACCUCAGGAUCUUCACUUUCAAAGGAGGAUUUGCUUACAAACCAGAUGUCCCAGGAUGGAUUACCAGACCACCAUUCCAUCGGGACUCUCAUCUUCGGGAGCUCAAUCUGGGGGGCUGCAGGUUUCAAAGGUGCCCCGAGUGGAUUGGUGAGCUCCACGGCCUCUACAAGUUGGGCAUUGUGGUGAGGGAGGUGGCUGAUGGUGUCAGUAUUGUUGCACGGCUGCCUUCACUUGCCCACUUCUAUUUGAUUGUUUCUGGUAUGGGUGAAGAAGAAAAGGAAGAAAGUGUAGUCAUCCCUGGCACUGGCAGCGGGGCAUUCCGAGCACUCAAGCAGAUGCUCUUCAACUGUCCAAAGGUGUCACUGAACUUUGAAGCUGGGGCUAUGCCCAAGCUAGAGAAGCUUUCCUUGCGGUUCCGUCACAACAUGGCUCCUCAGUUCCUACCGGUUGGCAUCCAGCACUUGCCCGCUGGCACCCUUAAACAAAUCUGGUUACAUGUGUACAGCAAUCAAACACAAAACAAAACAUCUGUGAGGCACCUGUUGGAGGGAGCAUUUAAGCAGCAUCAUCCAAGUGCCGACAUCACCGUUGACUUCAUUUAAGAUGAUGGACAUGCUGAGGGUUGAGUUUGCAUGUCAGACAAUGGAGAGCCCCACUCUGCUGAAGUUGACAAGGUGCGCUGUCGCUGAACUUGUAAAGGUGCAACAAGUAGAGGAGGCUGCGGAGCUGCUGGAAGUUACCUUGCGGUUGUUAUCCACUCUGAUGGUUGAUCCACUGAUUAAUUUGUUGGCGGGAAGUGUGGAGGGAAUCCCCACGACGACAGGCCUCCGCGUCUGCGUGACUGCGUCUGACCAGACUGAUUGAACUGCGGGAAGCAGUUGUUGUGGCGUGCAGCGUGGCAUUUACGUGACGUGUAAUGUUUGUGAGCAACAAGUUCGAGUGUUCAAUUCUGAUGUUCUUAGCUUACUCUAGUUACUACUAUUGGAUGAGCCUUUGAGCCCAUGAUGUCACUCAGUCCCUUUAUGGGGUAUUGCAUAAAAUGACACACUUUUGAUUGGUUUGGCAAAA